AUGAAAACUGCAAAUAUAUUACUCGUUGUUUUAUUCGGUGUGUUACUUCUGUUAGUUCGAGCACAAGCAGAUAUCAAACGAGAUUGUCGGCAGCAAACAAAUGUUUCUUGGGCAUCCUUGAAACGAUUGAAGGCCGGCAACGUUGAAGAAUGAAAUGAUAUCAAUUUAAAAUGUUACUUGAGAUGCUUUAUGCUGAAGAGUGGUAUUCUUAACGAAAAUAACAAUAUAGAUGUCGAGAAAGCUGUGCGUCAUCUUCCACGUGAUAUGCAAGAGUCGUCGAGAGAAAUUCUUAAUCGAUGUAAAUCGAUUCCAGCGGAAAAUAGUUGCGAUAGAGCUUUUCAAAUAGCUAAAUGUUACGUUGAAGCAGAACCAGAAAUUUUAAAAAAGGUAUCAUUUGUUUAA